AUGGACGGGUACGCUUCUUGCGCGCGUGUGACCGAUGUCGAACUCGCAAAAUCAAAUGCGGAAAUGAAAAUCCAUGUGCAAAGUGCGUCGCCGCUGGCGCUGCAUGCUCGUUCUCCACAUCGAUUGGAACCUCCCGCACGGUUCUGUCCACCAACGAACAACCAAACCGCGGCGAUGACCAACCUCACGUAUCUCCUAGCUCUGGACCUUCUUCAAGAAGGAUCGCCCGCUGAACCAACACGAAACCGUUCUGGAGGAACGGAUGACGCAGAGUACUUUCCUGGACGCGGACUGGCCCCCAACACCUCUGACGACCAGUUGCUGAGUAUGGUUUCAGAGAUCAUUCCUCCAGAUUUAAUGAGCGAGCUGCUGCGCGUGUUCUUCAGCACUGUCCACCCGGUCUGGCCGAUUCUCCACAUCCCGUCAUUCUUUGCCGACCUGUACCGGUGGGACAGCCACUCCUUCGCGGCACUGGUCGUCUCCAUGUGCAUGUUGGCCUCGCGCUAUGUGGACGACCCGAGGGUCCGCAAAGAGGCCAGUAACCCCGCAACAGCAGGCCUGGGAUACUGUGAUCUGUUCAGUCGCCUCAUUGACCACGCCAUCCAUAGCGACAAUGUCAUCUACGCCAUUCAGAGCCGGUUCUUUGGAUCCAUGUUCCACUCUGUCGACAACGUCCCUCACCCUGUCGCUCAGGGCCUCGUGGCGGAUGCGCUCUCACGCUCUCUUGACGGGGGCUUACAUCGAUCCGUUUCAUCAACCGUUCUAGGAAGCUCCAUCCUGCGGGAGAUUCGAGCUCGCACGGCUUGGGCGGUUUACGCUUGGGAUCACCAGAUUGCAGCGUUCUGCGGUCGACCUGCGGGCAGCACGCUGUGGGACUAUGAUGUACGCCUGCCUGAACCAUUCGAGGAGGACGGUUCGGACCAACCGAUGGAGAACGACGCCAGUCACGUUACCACCUUUUGCCAGUUGAUCCAGUUGUCCGCCUUGCUCGAAGCGACCUUCUUGGCCUCGGUUCAGCACCCGGUGGUCGCCAACUCGACCUUCCUCACCGACCUCUCGCGCCACCUGCGGCCGGAUCUGGACGAUACGUACAAACUGGACAAGGUGAUGGCGAACCUGAGAAAGUGGCGCACAACCGCUCCACCUCAGUUCAGCGAAGCGUCGCCCAAGAAUCGGGCCGCUCAGCGUCACUACUCCGUUGCCACAGAGCAGAUUGCUGCACUCGACCAAAUGAUCCAGCUCAUGGUGGCCUCACGCCAUCUGCAGCUCGAGACAUUGAGUGCCGAACCAGCCAAAGACAAGCUCGAGGCGUUCCGUGCCACCAUCCUCACCCACGCUCGUGACAUGACGACCAUCGUUGUACAACUUGGCGCCUCCAACCAAUUGGCAAAGUGCGACAUCACCAACAGUUCCCAGGUCGAAGAAGCCACCAAGAUUCUGCACGCCACCUCGGUUGUUCUUCGACACUUCGUCUCCGUAUUCUCAGUUGCACUCGGCGCUGCCGAGGUCUUGGACGAGACUAUCCGUGUGUGCCGUGUCCCAACACCGCAAGCUGCUACGCGCGGCAACCAGCCCUCCACUAACCGCUACGCGUGGUAUCGGCCAAUCAUCCAUCACGACAGCAAAGCUGCGCCGUCUCCGUCGGCAUACGCACAUGCUCAACCGAGUUCAUCCCGCGACGGGGCUCCAGGAAGCGCGCCACCCGACGUGUCUCUCGCCACCACUCUGUCGAUGAAUGACCUCUCACCAUUCGACGUCUCGUUUGCUUUCGGCGGCAACAUGCCCAUGCCCACUCUCGAUCAAGUGGACGGGGCCCACGGCGGAGAGACAGACUUCCUCUGGUUGUUGCCUGGAGGGGAAGCCAACCUACCCUACUACUUUCCCCCCUCUGUUUGA